GUAGACACUCCAGGUUUCGGUGAUUCGCUGGACUCAGUUGACGACUGUAAGCCAAUCAUCGACUAUAUCGACGAUCAGUACGAGAAAUACCUGAACGACGAGUCGGGUCUGAAUCGGCGACAGAUCGCGGACUCGCGGAUUCACUGCUGCUUCUACUUUAUAUCGCCCAACAAUUACGGUCUCAAACCGCUGGAUGUGAUGACAAUGAAGACACUGCACAAUAAGGUGAAUAUAGUGCCGAUUGUCGCCAAAUCAGACUCACUGACCAAAGAGGAGGUGCAGGCGCUGAAGAAGCGCAUUGUGGCCGAACUGAAGACUCACGGAAUUCAGAUCUAUUCAAUACCUGAUUGCGAUCCCGACGAAGACGAGGACUACAAGGAACAGGUGCGCCAACUGAAGGCCGCCAUUCCGUUCGCCGUCUCGUCAUCGCUGGAGACGCACGAAGUGAAGGGCCGUAAAGUGCGCGGACGGGCCUAUGGCUGGGGUAUUGUCGAGACCGAGAAUCCCGAACACUCGGACUUUGUUAAGUUGCGGUCAAUGCUCGUCACGCAUAUGCAAGACCUCCGCGAAGUGACUCAAGACGUACACUACGAGAACUACCGCUCCCAACGACUGGUGGCCCGCAAUCAGUCUAAUUCAGACCUUCGCAAUAAUAUCAGUAUCUCUUCUGACGACACCUCUAAAGACCGCAUUCUUCUGGAGAAAGAGGCGGAACUGAAGAGAAUGCAGGAAAUGAUUGAACGGAUGCAGAGGGAGAUGAUGGCGCAGCAACAGCAGGCCGGAUGGGUUGUGGAUGGGAACCACCAACAGAAUAAUGGCGUCAAUAAUGGUGUUAACAAUCAA